AUGAACAGUGAAGACGCCGGCACACUUACUAUCUCCACGUCAUUUCCUUCUCUUUCCACCGACGGCCACUAUCCCCUCUUCUCCCCUCCCCACAGCAGCCUUGGCGAAAGAGCUCCACAGGGGAGGCGACGGCGCGCUGGAUCUGAUCGAUUUUGGGUGUCGCUCAGCACCAUGGCCGAAUCACUGCUUCUCCCUUUGGUGCGCGGCGUGGCCGGCAAGGCCGCAGACGCGUUAGUCCAGACCGUGACCCGGAUGUGUGGCCUCGAAGACGACCGCGAAACGCUGGAGCGCCAUCUGCUGGCCGUCCAGUGCAAGCUGGCCAACGCGGAGGGAAGGAGCCAGAGCAAUGCCUACCUCAGGAGCUGGAUGGAGAAGCUCAAGGCCGUCGCCUACGAGGCCGACGACGUCCUCGACGACUUUCAGUAUGAGGGGCUGCGCCGUGAAGCCCGGAUCGGCAAGUCCACUUCCCGCAAGGUACUCAGCUAUGUCACAUACCACAGCCCGCUGCUCUUCCGUUUUGCCAUGAGCAGGAAGCUCAAGAGUGUCCUUGAGAAGAUCAAUAAGUUAGUUGAGGAGAUGAACAAGUUUGGCCUUGAGAAUUCUGUCCAUCAGCAGGAGCCCCAACUUCCUUGGCGGCAGACUCACUCCAAACUGGAUGAGUCCGCCGACAUCUUUGGGAGAGAUGAUGACAAGGAGAGGGCGGUGAAGCUGCUGCUAGAUCAGCAAGAUCAGCGUGAGGUGCAGGUGCUGCCCAUCUUUGGUAUGGGAGGUCUUGGCAAGACGACAAUUGCUAAGAUGGUGUACAAUGACCAAGGGGUCCAGCAACAUUUCCAGUUGAAGAUGUGGCGCUGCGUGUCAGACAAUUUUGAUGUUGUUGCUAUUGUGAAAUCCAUCAUUGAAUUGGCUACAAAUGCAAGAUGCGACCUGCCCGACAACAUCGAGCUUUUGCAGAAGAAACUUGAUGAAGUCAUUUGCCAGAAGAGAUUUUUACUUGUUCUCGAUGAUGUCUGGAAUGAAGAGAAGACGAUAUGGGAGGAAAAUUUGAAGCCACUGUUAUGCUCCAUUGGUGGACCAGGAAGUGUCAUUGUAGUCACAUGUCGAAGCAAGCAAGUGGCCUCUAUAAUGUCCACCGUUAAGCCCCAUGAGCUAGCAUUUUUGGAUGAAGAAAAUUCAUGGGAAUUGUUUUCAAACAAAGCAUUUAGCAAUGGUGUGGAGGAGGAAGCAGAGUUGGUCACCAUUGGAAGACGUAUUGUAAAUAAAUGCGGGGGGUUGCCUCUUGCACUGAAGACAAUGGGUGGAUUGCUGAGUUCGAAGCGACAAGUACAUGAGUGGAAGGCCAUCGAAGAAAGUAACAUUGGGGAUACUGUUGGAGGCAAAUAUGAGGUCAUGCCCAUACUGAAGUUAAGCUACAAACACCUGUCAUCUGAAAUGAAGCAAUGCUUUGCAUUCUGUGCACUUUUCCCCAAGGAUUAUGAGAUGCAGAAGGAUAUGUUGAUCCAACUAUGGAUGGCAAAUGGCUUUAUUCAAGAAGAGGGAACAAUGGAUUUAACACAGAAAGGAGAGUUUAUUUUCCAUGAAUUGGUUUGGAGGUCGUUCCUGCAAGAUAUAAAAGUUGUAGUCAAAUAUACUAACUUAUUUUAUAGCUCAAAAUAUGAGACAGUAGUGUGUAAAAUGCAUGACUUAAUGCAUGACUUAGCCAGAGAUGUUAGCAAUGAAUGUGCCACCAUAGAAGAAUUGACUGAACUGAAAGCAUCUGUAACAAAUGUCCGUCACAUGCAAAUGUCAGAGGAUGUUGAACUGGAAAAGAUCUCUGGGUUGUUCGAUGGAAAAACAUCUCUCCGCACUUUGUUAGCCCCUUCAAAAGUGAACAGGGAUUUUAACCGGCUGCAACAAGUAUCAUUACGGGCAUUGCAUUGGCAGAUAUCUUGCGCCAAUUUCAAGGCCGUAAAUGGAAAACAUUUACGGUAUCUUGACUUCUCGACUUGCAGCGUCAAUGCUACAUUGCUAGAUUCAAUAUGUCUACUUUAUAACCUACAAACACUGAGGCUCGUUGGUUGCUUAGAUCUACGACAGCUACCAGAGGACAUGGUGAUAAGCUUGAGAAAGCUCAUACAUCUUUAUCUUUUUGGAUGUUCUGCUCUGGAGCGGACUCCUCCAAACAUUGGUCAGCUAAACAACCUUCAUACACUAACAACAUUUGUUGUGGAUACUAGAGAUGGUUGUGGUAUUGAGGAGCUCAAAGAAAUGCGGCACCUUAGCAACAGGUUGGAACUGUACAGUUUGAGAAAAAUAAAGAGUGUACAGCAUGCAAAAGAAGCCAACCUUCAGCAGAAGCAAAAUCUGACUGAGUUGUUGUUCUGUUGGGGCCUUAAAAGACAUGACAAGCCCAAGAAUGAGGCAUGUAAUGAGGAAGAAGUGUUCCAGCAUCUAGAACCUCAUAGCAAGAUCAAAAAAUUUGAGUUGUAUGGAUAUGGUGGCCCAGAAAUACCACGAUGGAUGAGAGAUCCUCAGAUGUUUCAGUACUUAAGAAAACUCACCAUUUCCAACUGGACAAGGUGUAAGAAUAUACCUGUAGUAUGGCUCUCACCCUCACUACAGUACUUAACCUUGAAAAACAUGGGUAAACUGAAGACAUUAUGUGACAACCUUUGCAUAGAAGGUGGAGGACGCAGUACCCCUCUACAAAUUUUCCCGAAGUUGAAGGAGAUGGUCUUGAAAGAGCUAUCUAGUCUAGAGGGAUGGGCAGAUAACAGUGCGGGUGUGUCUAUUGAUAGCUCAGUAAUUUUCCCGGUGCUUGAGAAGCUAGAAAUCAGCCAAUGCUGUAAGCUUGCAAGUUUUCCACUGAGCCCCAUUCUCAAAGACCUGACUUUAUCGGGAUACUUGGACGCGGAGUGUGUAUGGGAUUUUCCAAGGUUGCCUACAUCCCUUGAAAGUUUGUGUAUUCAAUGCUUCGGAGGUUUGGUGGUGCUGCCUUCGAACCUUGGAGCUCUGGCAAAGCUGAGCAACCUAGUGGUGCAUAACUGCAGGAGGCUGAAAGGGUUGCCUGACGGGAUGGAUGGCCUCACUUCUCUUCGGAUAUUGGACAUCACUUUUUGUCCAGCGACGGAGGAAUUCCCUAAUGGUCUCCUUCAGCGGUUGCCAGCCCUUGACGCCCUAACCAUAUAUGGUUGCCCUGAGUUGCAAAGACGAUGCAGAGAAGGAGGGGAGUAUUUCCACCACCUGGUCCCUAUCCCACUUAAAUCAGGAUUCAAAACUAGAUUUCUAGAAGCAGAAGCAGAAUCCAGAAUUAUAGUACCAGAAGCAGAAACGAGCGGAAAGAAGUUUCUAAGAAGGCUCCUCCCCUCCUGCGCUCACUCGAAGUCUGACUCUGAGUCUGACGAUAACUGA